AUGCGUUUGACUACGACGCACAAGUGCACAGGAUUCGGAAUCCAGGAGAUUCUGGGCUUGAAUAAGGAGCCGCCCGCGGUUACGCGGCGUCCAUUGGAAUCUUUGCCGCACAGGGCGCACCUUCUGGCGGCUCGAUCGGCUUUGGACUCGGCGGGAGUCGGGGUUGGAAUGGGAAUUAUUGGUCCAGGAGGAGGAAUUCAUUCGUUUUACAGCCAGCCUGCCUUUCUGGAGGUGUUACAGGAGGCGCAGAGUGUUCACCUUCAGCCGCUCAACGGGGCCAGGGCAAUGGGACAGCUUGAUGCGCACUACUCCGCAAGCUGCUCUGAUUCAGAUGACAUAUCCUCCAGUGAAAAGACAUUUUCCAAAUCAUCGAUAAACCAAAACAAGAAUAGAAAGAAGAGACGACACAGGACAAUAUUCACAUCAGAUCAGCUGGAUGAGUUGGAGAAGGCUUUCAACGAGGCCCACUACCCCGAUGUUUACGCCAGAGAGAUGCUCUCCAUGAAGACUGAACUUCCAGAGGACAGGAUACAGGUUUGGUUUCAGAACCGCCGUGCCAAGUGGAGGAAGAGGGAGAAGUGUUGGGGUCGCAGCAGUGUGAUGGCAGAGUAUGGCCUGUAUGGGGCCAUGGUCCGCCACUCCAUCCCUCUGCCCGAGUCCAUCCUCAAGUCAGCCAAGGACGGCGUCAUGGACUCCUGUGCCCCAUGGCUACUUGGUAUGCACAAGAAGUCCAUAGAUACCCCUGUUCCGACCUCUCCUGUGAAACUGGAAGCUCCCCUCUCCAAACUUCCUUCCAGGGAACGAGAGAGGGAGAGAGUGGCGGAGCGAAAGGUGGAGGAAGAGGAGGAGGAGGAGAGGAGAGAGAAUACCAGAUCGCCCACAUCCAAAGAGGAACUGAGAGAGAAUAGCAUCGCAGCACUCAGGGCUAAAGCUCUGGAACACAGCGCUAAGAUGCUGGGGACACAUCCUGAUGACGGCCCACUGGGGACAGUUUCAGGGGACGUACCAGAGGGGCAGAGACAGCCGACGGAGACAGAGGACAAACAGACAGAGGGACAGUUGAAUCCUGCAGAGAAGAUAGAGUCCAGUCACUGA